AUGUUGUUUGAACUUGUGCUGCCUAUUAUCCUUUACUAUGCUUUAAGAAACUUUGUUUCUCCUUUACUGGCCUUGUUAUUAGCUGGUGUACCAACUGCUAUUGCUGUCCUGUACAAGGGUUACAAAGAACGCAAAGUAGAUAUGAUGGGUGUUUUGAUGUUGAUGGGUUUUGUCGUAUCUGCUAUUUUGGCAUUUGUGCAAUCAGACCCCAAGUUGUAUCUGUUACGAGAGUCAGCCAUGACGCUAGCCAUGGGAUUGAUGCUUUUGAUUACACUGUUACCAUUGCGUUGGCGACAUCAUGUCCUUAAGCCCUUUAUGUUUUACGUAGCCAGACAAAUCGCUAUCUCUAGUAAUGUCUUGAUGAACCCAAAUACAGUGCGCGAACAUUGGGAUUGGUUUUGGGACUUUUAUUCUGCUUUUCGGUGGUUUUUGCGUAGCUUGACAGGUGCUUGGGGACUUGGUUUGGUCAGUGAAUUUUUGGUUCGUGUUGCAUUGAUUAAUGCACUGAACGAUGUAGAUGAUGUUGUUUAUUAUUCAAACAUCUAUAUGUUUGUAGUCAUGGUUGCUUUGGGCGCGUUGACUGUUGUGAGUGCCUUGUUAUUAAGACACUACUUUAACCAGGAACAAACUCGUAUCAAAAAGGCUGAAAGAAGGUCAGAAAUUGAAGGGAUCAUUGCUCGUGCCGCAGCCGAGCAAAAAGAACUCCAGAAAAAGAAACAACAACAGCAACAAUUUUCAUAA